GCAAAUAUUCAACUUUUUUUUUUACUAAAUUAUUGGCAUUGCUAACUAUAACACAACAUAAUCUAAACACCCCUGACUGAAGCUACUUCCUGUAGUAGAUGGCCAUCUGUCCCAGAGUUGUAUUAUUUGUGUAACCAAGCGACAGGCUUGAGUGACGCAUUUAUUCAAACUGUCUCUGCCAAUAAAAGCCGUCUAUUAUGAGCAGAUGUCAAUAUUUCUCUCUGACCCGUCUUCAACCGAACCAUUCAUCUAAACAGAUGUAACCAGAUACAUGGCUCUUUGAAACCAAAAUUAAAACACAAACUGUUGACUCUUGACCAAGCAGAUAUGAAGCUGAAUUUUUUUCUUCUCAUUCUGUUGGGCUAUUGUUGCUUCAUGGACUGUCAGCUCUAUGAGUUUCACUACAUCAAUGAGAAUAAGAACUGGACUGAAGCUCAGCAGUACUGCAGAGAGAAACACACUGACCUGGUCACAGUGACUAACAUGGAGGGCCUGAACAGACUCCUCAGCAAAUCACCAGGAUCAAUGACAGAAGCUUGGAUUGGUCUGUACGAUCAAACACAUGGUACCAGAACAUGGCGCUGGUCUCUGCCUGGAGUGGAGUUUAAUGAAAAUGAGACAAAAUGGAACGAUAAUGAGCCAAAUGAUAACGAUAUUGAAAACUGUGGGUUUAUUGUAGAAAGUCUAAAGUGGGGCGACCUCUCUUGUAACAGACAGAAGUACUUUAUCUGCUAUAAUGAAAGAAAAACUUCAGAUAAAUUCUAUCUGAUAAAACAAAGUAAGACCUGGCUGGAGGCUCAGAGUUACUGCAGAAAGGAGCACACAGACCUGGUCAGUGGACUGGACCAGGUGACUGAUGAACAGCUGAAGAAUGUACUGAAAUCGACAAACAGUUUGCAAGACGGACUAAAAUAUGUGUUUAUGGGUCUGAUCAGAGACUCCUGGAGGUGGUCAGAUGGAAGCAGUUUCUCUUUCAGACACUGGAAUCUACAGUUUGAUGAUGAGAAAUACAACAGUGGUCAAUGUGCCAUGACUGUGUUUAGUGAUGGAGGCAGAUGGAAGAAUGAGAACUGUGCUGAAAGAAAACCCUUCAUCUGUUAUGAUGAUAAACUGAUUCUGAUCAACAAAAAUAAAACCUGGGAGGACGCCUUGACCUACUGCAGAGAGAAUCACCAUGACCUGGUCACCAUCACCAACAUGGAUGACCAAAUAUGGGUCCAGGAGAAAACCAAGAAGGCCACAAGUCCUCUAGUCUGGAUGGGUCUGCGCUACACCUGCACUCUGGAUUUGUGGUUCUGGGUCAGUGACGAGGUGGUCAGCUAUAAGAACUGGGCCAAAGAUGAACCGAUGGAUGACUGUGACAUGUCUGGAGCCAUGGAGACGGGAGGAAAAUACAAGUGGUUUAAAAGAAAUGAUGCAGACAUGUUUAACUUCCUCUGUUCUACAUAACCACCAGGAGAAUAAGUGAUGUGUUAUACAUCACAUGCAGUUUAAUUUUGUCUGUUAUGUGUCUUAAUUAUUUUUAUUAUCUUGCUCUAUGUUAACCACAUGUAAACUAUUGAUACAGAUUUGCCACAACCCAGUUCCUGUUUUUACUCAGUCAUGGUGUGUAUUCUGUUAUUUCCUGUUAUGCAUAGUACACUCAUAUCAAAAGUAAUUUGCACUUAGCAGCUUUGUAAAGCUAAAAAAACUCCAUAUCUGGGCUUCUUUGCCAAACAUAAAUAUAAGCUUCGCUCAAUGGGGAAAUGCUCUCAGAUGAAGAGAAGCACACACACUUCCAAAUUAAAGAAAGUAUGGUUGAGUUCUUUAGGGUAUAUUUCCAAUUAAAAAUAUAUAUUUUUCAGCAUGAAGAUCUCAAACUAAUACUAAUGUUGCUUUUCUGUGAGAAACUGAAUUGCAUAAUUAAAGAUGGGUUCUUUCAGGUU